UGAAGCAUGACAGAACAAUGACAUUCUCAUAUUCUCAUGCAACUCUUAUGAAGUGUUUUCUGUGUUCUACAACAGCGGUUAUUUCCUGGUGUGGAACACAACAAACAUUUAUUCUAAGAAGCUUAGAAAACAGAAUGUCAAGCACAAGUUUAACUGGAAUUCCUGUGGGCCGUCUGACUGGUUUAGUGGCUAUUGCCGCUCUCGUCUCUCUGAUCCUCUUGUAUUUCUGGACUUCACCUCUGACCAGCUGUCCACCUCGACUACCUCAAUUCAAACAACACUCAGAUGGACACCAUGAAGAGAUGAACAACUCGAUUGCUGAUGAAACAGUGGAGAAACCUGUACUUUUAUUAUGGGUCUGGCCUGAAAAUUACAGAUUUGAUCUUAAGGACUGUAAAACUCUUUACAAUAUUGACGGCUGUCACCUGACGGACGAUAGAGCUCUCUACAGCAGUUCAGACGCUGUGCUUGUUUAUCACCGGGGUAUUAGUUGGGACCUGUCCACCCUUCCACCAUCUCCUCGUCCCCCGUUCCAAAAGUGGAUCUGGCUUCAUUUAGAAUCGCCAACAAACACGCAGAAAAUUCCAGGGAUUGAAAACCUCUUUAAUCUGACUCUCAGUUAUAGAGAGGACGCUGACAUUCCUGUGCGGCUGAGACUGACCAGCAACAAAACUCCAAAUGAGGAUUUUACAAUUCCCAAAAAGGACAAACUGGUCUGUUGGAUCGUAAGUAACAAUGCUGCCCAUACAGGUGUCGGCAAGAGGAACACUUACUACAAUGAACUUAAAAAGUACAUCACUGUGCACAUGUUUGGAAGCGCUUAUGCUGGGAGACUAUCUGAUGAAGACUAUUAUCCCACCAUAGCCAGCUGCAAAUUUUAUCUGUCUUUUGAGAAUUCCAUCCACAAGGACUACAUCACGGAAAAGUUUAACGGACCUCUGUCAGCAGGUACUGUACCUGUGGUGCUGGGACCUCCCAGAAAGAACUAUGAGAGGUUUGCACCGCGUGACGCCUUCAUUCACGUGGACGACUUCCCAGACGCAAAGUCACUGGCAGAAUAUCUGACGCAGCUGGACAGAGAUGAAGAUGCGUAUCGCAGGUACUUUAACUGGAGGAGACAUUUCUCAGCACGACCUCAUUUAAUAUUACAGAAUCAAGAGUUUGUUCUGGCGAUUUGCACGGCCUGCGAUCAUGUAGCGAGACACAAGGAAUAUCAAGAAGCUCAUGAUAUCUAUGAAUGGUUUUUUAACUAAAGUCACCUCUCAGAUUUUGGUGGAUGAGAAAGUUACGUGAACUUUUAAGAGGAGAUGUCCCAUGUUUUCUUAAGGGAUUUCAUAUGCCUCGGGACUAAUCAAACAUUCACAUUUUUGCAGCAGAUUGUGUGUGUGUGCGUGUGUGUGUGUGUGUGUGUGUGUGUGUUCACAUUUGCAUAUUUUAUUAUUGGGCCAAAGUGUCUUCACCAUGAAAAAUAUAAGCAUGCAUGUUCAUUAUUCUUGGACAUGGCAUCUAUUUAUAAAAAGGGAGGAAGAAACACGACAUUACUGAAAGUCAGAUGGUUAAGGUGUGUAUAAGGUGUGUCAUACCAUUGUUUACCACAACCCUCAGCAAAGUCAACACGCAAAAUGUACACAUUAUUGAAACACAGCAUAUUAAUAAUGAACUUCUAUGAAUUAUUUUUGGCUCUAAAGCAGAGACAUGAGUUUAUACACUGUAAAAAAAAAAGAAUGUUAGCAACUGACAUUUCUGGGACACCACUGACUACCAUAGUAGGACAAAAUUCAAUGGUAUAGUCAAAGGUGCCCCAGAACUGAUUGCUAUCCUAAAUUCUUCAAAAUAUCUCAUUUUGUUUUCAACAGACAGGCAAUGAUGUCGCAGAAAUGUCAGUUGCUAACAUUUUUCCAAAUAUGUUUCUUGUUCAUCAGAACAAAGACAUUUAUACAGGUUUGGAACAACACCCUGACAGCCCAACCCACCGACACAGGCAUUCACUACUUACAUUUGUGUACAGAUGGUGAAACAAUGUAAGCAGUACCAUGUGACAGAUAUUUAAACAUGUAUUGUGUGUGACUGGCAAACUAUGCUUUGUACUUUCUAAGGGCAUACGUUUAUAACAAAUGUACACACACACACACAGUAAAAACAAAAGAAAAUGAAUCUGAGGAUGAUGUUGUAAAGUCUGUGUGCUGUCUGUUUAUGCCAUUUGUCUGCUGUUAGUGUCAUUCUCUAAAGUACGUUGUUCUUUGUCACUCUCUGUCUGUUGGAUUCUCCUUGUUUCUCUCUGUUGACACUGUACAUAUUGUCUGUCUGAUUCUCCAUUUUCUCAAAUGUUUUAACUCUCUAACUCUGCCAUUUUAAUACAUCUGUAUGGCUGUCUGUGAUUAUACUUGUUUUUCACUCUUGCCUGACUGUCAUUGUGUCCACCUAAUUAAUAAUUAUGACCUAAUGAACAGUUAAGUUCAAAUGUCUGUACAUGCAGACACCAUUAGGAUUGUUGUCAAACUCUACUAUAGAGUUAAUUAUAAACCCAAAGUACAUUUGUGUGUCACAGUUUUUAUACCUCUCCUAGGCCCACCACAGCAUCCUUCCUCACAGCACUGGUACUGGAAGACCAGGGGUCUCUGGCUGUACUGAUUCCAGCAGUUAAUAAACAUUA